CCCCGCAGCGUAUGUAAUAGUAGCAAACGCUCUCACAAAUUAAUUACUCCAUUGGCAAGCCGAGCCCCUCGACGACGUAUCUAGGGUUUAUGGCGUUCCGGAGAAAGGUCGUGGAGCGCCUCACUUCGACUGGCCUUCCCGGCAGCGCUCCUCCGCGAGGAUCCAGGGAGCGGUGGCAUCCCCGGAUCAUCGAUGUUACCACGGCGGACGACUACAAGCACUUGCUACACAAAAUCAAAGCGACUCCGAUCUCCUUCGGCGUUGUGUUCUUCACGUCGGAGGAGCGUUCCAAUUCAUGCCAGGAAUCCGAGGACGCUGUGUACAAAAUAGCCAAGAGAAAUUCAGAGGUGACAUUUUUGAGGCUCGAGGUGGAAGAGGAGGGAAUCCAAGAGAUUGUGGGGCAAAUAGACACAUCACGACUGCCAACCUUUUAUUUCUACAAGGGAGGAGAUGUGGUGGGAAAGCUCAUCGGAUCGUCUCCUUCCAAGCUCGAGGACUUGGUGGUGAGCUUCAUCCAUCACAAGGAACUAAGACGCCACAUACGCGUCAACGAGUUCUAGCCAGGAAGCUUUGCAGCUAUUCAAAUGAGUGUGUUGUUUCAUACAAGCUUUUUAUUUUUAUUUUCAAUUUUAGUAGUACUAAGAUAUUUAAUUAGAAUUUCUAAAAAUAUAUCUUCAUUAAGCA